AUGCCCGUUCACGAUGCCGAUGCGCUGGCAGCGCAGGGGGCCGCGCUGGAGCUCUGCGAGGAGCGGGCGGCGGACUGCGAGGAGCGCGUCCAGGCCGAGCAGCUCGCCGCGCAGAGCCGGCGGCUGGAGCAGCUGCGGCGGUCGGACUUUCAUCACCGACUGCGCAUGCGUGCACCGAUCCUGGCCAGGCGGGUCGAGGCGGUGGACGCAUCGCUGGGCGCCGUCGAG